AUGGUCCUUUACGAAGAAGAGAGAACUCUUCCCGGGGGCUCUCGGCGACGUCUCCGGGCUCGCUUGCGUCACCGCGGUUUCGCCCGAGAAGCGACGAGACGCCACCGACAUCGCUGCCAGCAGAACCGCCACCCCCAGGCACUCUCCGAGUCCGGGUUCGGGAAUAUUAACCUGAUUCCCUUUCGACGGAAGACCGGCCGCUCGUCAUUCGCUUUUUUGUUUGUUCUUUCUCACACGCGAGUUCGCGAGAGACGACAAAGAGAUUUACGGAUCCGGUGCCUUUCGGGAAGGCUUUCGCCUGCAUCUGCACCCGCGGUCGGCUCCACCCGGGCUCGCGCCCUAGCCUCCGUGCUCACUGUGGCACCCUCCUACUCGUCGCGGCAUCGGUCAGGCGCGCGCAUCAUUUUCAUUUUUCCAGCACAAGCACUCCUCGCCACGACGGUCCGGCAUCGGUCCGUCACUCCAGCGCCAUCCAUUUUCGGGGCCGGUCAAUUCAGCAGGGAUCUCAUGGGCGUCGCGUUAGGCACCUUAGCCAGACGUUUGGUUCAUCCCACAGCGCCAUUUCUGCUUACCAAAAGUGGCCCACUUGGCACUCGCAUUCGUUUCUGCCGCCGUAUUCAGGAGAGUCGACCCGUUCCAAGUUCGAGAGUAGGUUUCCUCUGGCUUCAUCCUGACCGGGCGUGGAUCGCCAUCUUUCGGGUCCCUGGUCGCUCGCUACGCCAGAGUCGGCCGAGUCGUACUCAGAGAGAAAAUUACCAACCAGGGGGUGAUGCGCCCGCAUGCAGUGCCUAA